CACUCUUGCCUUCUCGGAGUAAUAGUUCGGCCAUGACAGAGCCCGAUUCCCAGCUUCGAAGUGCCAGGGAUCACGUACCAUUGGCUCUCGAUAAUCCGUGUCCAGUCGCCAGAAGGAGUGAAGCGCAUCACAGCCACUAAGCGAGAAACAGUCAGCACAUUUCUGAAAAAGGUUGCCAAAGAAUUUGGCUUCAGGAAUAAUGGCUUCUCCAUAUACACCAACAGAAACCGGACCGGAGAGAUCACAGCAUCACAAAACAAGUCCCUGAACCUACUGAAAAUCAAACAUGGCGAUAUGUUGUUCCUCUACCCCUCGAGUCCUGCCGGCUCUUCCUCAGAGAACAUGGACAUCUCUAUCUCCCAAGGGUUGCGCCCCACGGGUGCUCCUCAAGUGGUGGAAGAUGAGAUCGACCAGUACCUGAUCAAGCAGGAUGGGAAGAUUUAUAGGAAUCGGGACCAGCAGCUAUGUCGACAUGGCCCCUUGGGUAAAUGCGUGCAUUGCGUACCACUCGAGCCUUUUGAUGAGGAUUAUUUAAACCACCUGGAACCUCCUGUGAAGCACAUGUCAUUCCAUGCCUACAUCAGGAAGCUGACCGGCGGAGCAGACAAAGGGAAGUUUGUUGCAUUGGAAAACAUCAGCUGCAAGAUUAAGUCUGGGUGUGAAGGGCAUCCGCCCUGGCCAGAAGGCAUUUGCACCAAGUGUCAGCCAAGCGCAAUCACUCUCAACAGACAGAAAUACAGGCAUGUCGACAACAUCAUGUUCGAGAACCACACGAUUGCUGACCGCUUCCUAGACUUCUGGAGGAAGACAGGGAACCAGCAUCUGGGGUAUUUGUAUGGGCGGUACACAGAGCACAAGGACAUCCCUCUGGGCAUCCGGGCUGAGGUUGCUGCCAUCUAUGAACCUCCACAGAUCGGCACACAGAACAGCCUGGAGAUCCUAGAAGAUCCCAAAGCAGAGGUGGUGGACGAGAUUGCCGCAAAACUCGGCCUGAGAAAGGUUGGCUGGAUCUUUACAGACCUGGUCUCUGAAGAUACACGGAAGGGAACGGUUCGGUACAGCCGAAACAAGGACGCAUACUUUCUAAGUGCAGAGGAGUGCAUCACAGCAGGGAACUUCCAGAACCAACAGCCCAACAUAUGUCGCCUAUCACCAGACGGACACUUUGGAUCCAAGUUUGUCACUGUUGUGGCUACAGGUGGUCCCGACAACCAGGUCCACUUUGAGGGUUACCAGGUCUCCAACCAGUGCAUGGCGCUGGUCCGGGAUGAAUGCCUGCUGCCGUGCCGGGAUGCACCGGAGCUCGGCUACGCAAAGGAGUCCAGCAGUGAGCAGUACGUGCCUGAUGUGUUCUACAAGGACAUAGACAAGUUUGGCAACGAGAUCACCCAGCUCGCCCGCCCACUGCCUGUCGAGUACCUGAUCAUAGAUAUCACUACCACCUUCCCCAAGGAUCCAGUUUACACCUUCUCCAUUUCGCAAAGCCCGUUCCCCAUCGAGAACCACGACGUGCUGGGGGAGACGCAGGAUUUCCACAGCCUGGCCACGUACCUGUCCCAGAACACGUCCUCCGUGUUCCUAGACGUCAUCUCUGAUUUCCACCUGCUCCUCUUCCUGGUCACCAACGAGGUCAUGCCUCUGCGGGAUAGCAUCAGCUUGCUGCUGGAGGCUGUGAGGACCAAAAAUGAGGAGCUUGCCCAGACGUGGAAGAAAUCGGAGCAGUGGGCCACCAUCGAGCAGCUCUGCAGCACGGUGGGCGUCCAGCUCUCAGGACUGCACGAGUAUGGUGCCGUGGGCAGCUCGCAGCACGCCGCAGCCACGGCCGUGUGGGCCUGCCAGCACUGCACCUUCAUGAACCAGCCCGGCACGGAUCACUGCGAGAUGUGCAGCCUGCCCAGGACCUAGCCCUGCCUCCCGCUGGAGCCAGCCCUCCGUAAUGCAGGAUUGUUUCUCAUGCUACUCCCCCAUAUCGUCAUGCCGCACGGGGCAGGGGGCAGCUGCACCCAGGGGGCUUUGAUCUCACAGCCGGGGGCUGCCCAGGGGAAAGGGGUUAGGAGACGGGUUGAACCUACCUGCCCAGUGCAGGGAGCUGACGCUUCCCGUUUCCAUCUUCCCCAGAGGGGAUAUGAGCUCUGUCCCCUGGCACUUCUGCCCCUGCCCCUCUCUGGCUCGCAGGCCUCAUUAGGCUGCAGCUGCUUUUCCCUUCCCCUCCAGUUGUGCAAAGGCAGGGGAGUGCUGCAGGGCUGGUGAUACAGGGCUGCCCCAUUGGCUUGCACGGUAUUGGCCCCUGCUUCCAGCAGCCCCAAGCACAUGGGGUCAGGGGGGCCGGGGGUGGUGGGACAGCAGGCACAGCUGGGUUUUGCAGGCUGCUAUCACGUGCCUGCUGCCCCCCUCACCCCCUGCCCGGCUUUUCUUCCCAGAACCCUGAUCCACUUGUGUGCGGGCAGCUCUGCGCCAGAGGCUGGGCCAGAGGGUCGCUGAUGGGGCUGUGACCGCAGCCCUUGGCACACGCCAGCCCUGCAGCUUGGAGCCCAGCUGCAUAGCCGCAGCUGAAAGCUUUGCCUGUCCCCUACCCAUGCGAUGGAAAGGUGCUAUCGUUGGCACGUAGCUGCUUCUGCUCAUCCACCUCCUCCAGGGUAGCACAAGGGGCCUGCUGGGGGGUGCCCAUCCCUAGUGCCCAAGCUGGAGGGGGAAGCCGGCUUCUUGGCUAAGCUUGCCACCCAGCACGGGAACAAUGCGGGCAUAGCAAGUGGCAUGUGCCCUCGCGUCCCCUGCUUCCAGCCCCUUGCCUUUGUGCCUGGCACCCUCUAUGCAGAACAGGUGCCAACCGCUAGCAAGCAAUUGCCACUCAUGCCCACUUUGCUGGGGCUGCUGUGUACACAGCUGGAGUCUGAGCAUGGGGAAGGGACCCACAAAGCAGAGCUCGGCAUCCAGGCAGGAGGGUCCUGGCUGGGGCUGUGGUCUGCUCUUCUCCUGCAUCUUGCAGGAGCCCAGGCUCAAAGCUUCCCCUCGGACUCCGAGCUGGGCUUGGGGCUGCAGCCCUCCUAGUGCCCAUCACAGCUGCACCAGGGCUGCCCACCCCAAGAGCUGGCCAGUGGCCGGCUGCUCCCAGCUACUGCCCCCCAGCCCUUGGUGGUUCUCUCCUCCAUGCUCCUGGCCGCCAGGCCUGCAUAGGAGCCACCUCCCUGCUCCCAGAGGCAAGCUGCUGUACGCACUGGGCUCCGCUCCCAGGCUGGGUGUUGGGGUAGACCAGCCUCCCUGCGCUCUCCGCUGCCCCGCAAGACUAGUUCUGGGGUCCCUGUUUACCCAAGCCCCCCACACAAGUCAGGAGGUGUCACCUUCCCCUCCCUCCUCUGCAAGAGCCUGGCCUCAGGGCUGAAGUUUCUGCCCCACGGGGAGAGGGUCGGUUCAAGUGGACCAGCGGCUGCUCCCUGCCCCGUGCAUGGACAGGCAGGUGGCUGUCUGUCCAUCCGUCCAGCCUGGGGCGCGCGUGCUGCUUAGGGCCCUGGGCUGUAGCUGCUCUUGCUUUUCUCCCAUGGUGGUGGGGAUGGCGGAGGGGUGCGCCGGAUGGGGCUGGGCUUGCUGCCGUCGACUCCCGCAAGUGGAAUCCAAUAAAGCACCUGGAAUGGGAA